AUGAAUGUUUUAGCGAGAGCCACUUGCAUUGAAGCACUUGAAAAAGCAUUUUCAACGCCUUUAGGCUCUAUUUUCAUUGCUAAGUUAAAGCCCUAUGCUGUUGACUGCAAAGAAGUUAAAGAUAUUCUCGAAAUUAAAUCAAAAAUAAUUGCAGAUGAAUUUUCAAGCUUUGACGAAUUUAUUCAAUAUACCAAAGACGUUACUUCGAAUUUUAUCCAACAAUUCGGAGCCAACGAAGAAAUAUCAAUCGUUGCAGAGUCAAUUCUUCAAGAUAUUUUAGAAAACAUAGAGCCAUAUUUACAAGUAACAGAUUCAAAUUGGAAUGAAGCGACAGAAAAUUAUAUUAAACUCUUAAAAAUUUGCAUUGAAAAUGUUCCCAACGAUAAAGCUUCAUUUUCAACUCCACCAUCGAUGUCUAGUGAAAGCUAUUCAGGACCAGGAAAUAUGCAACUAUUUGAACGUAUCUCCGAAGUUAAUUCUGAUGCUUUAAUUGAUAAAAUCCAGAGAAUUAAGAAUGAUAUGGAUAUAGUGUAUAUAUCAGACUUACUUAUGAAUUUCGAACCCCAAAUUACACAUAACGCUGGGUUUAUUAACAUAAAUCUUUCUCAAGUUAAUCAAUACAUGUUGAGCCUAAUUGAUAACUAUGUUAAAAAAUGCGAAUUACGACCACCUCCACCACCUCCUUCGCUUACACCAAAACCAAAUUUGUCUCCUGGCUUUCCAACCAAUUCUCCUGGCCUUUCUUCUCUCAAACUAUUACCACAAUCAAUCUUACAAAGUUUUCUCAUGCUUUCAAAUAACAAAAUACAGAGAUCGAACUCAGAUGUUCAUGCUUUAAACAGACCUCAAACUCCUCCAUCAACACCACCUAAAUCACCGAAUAAGACUCAUGCACCAGCUCAUCCGAAGACUGAAAUACCGAGAUCUCAAACUCCGAAAUAA